AUGCUUGAUAUUCCUAUCUCUGCUCUCAAUUUUCCUCAUUUACCUUUUCCAUUUGAGGAUGUUGUGAAACAGACAUGUUUAAAAAAUCGAUUCAUUGAAGGAAUGGUGAGUUGGGGAAUAGAACGAGUUAAGGCAGCAAAACGAAACAAAAAAAGUGAAAGGAGGAAAUACAAAUGA